GGUUUAAUCUGAUUCCCUGGGCAAAGACAUUGUUUGAAAAUUGAAAUUGUUUCCUUUCAACUUCAUUUAAAAACCUGUUUUUACCAUCAGGUACCAAGGCAGUAAUUGUAAGAGAAGAGAUAUUUUAUUUCACGUAAUUUUGGGCAUGAUUGGUUCGAAUUUGUAAUAGUGUCUCUAUGGAUUUUUUAAUGUGAAUAUGAGAAGGAUUUUAUAAAGUGUUAUGAAAUCGGAGUUUAUUAUUAGAGGAUUUAUGUGAAACAUGUUAGUGGCAGCGGCCCCGACUGUUGAAGCAGAUCCGUAUGGUGGUAACCAUAAACUCAGAUGGUCUAAGACAGCUCGCAGCCUCCCAGAGAGUACCCGGCGUCCACAAUUAGCUCGGGAGUGGACCUUCCAUUCCGUGGAAGCCGAGGAUUUUACCAACAAUGUGGUGCCUUACAGACUCCCCCGAAUCGACACACCCAGAGAGGCCUUCGCCAGGUUCAACGGGGAUCCAGAUGAUGUUUGGAGUCGCUAUGGUUACCAAAAUCAAAUAAGAAUCCCUGGGGAGCUGGGUCCAGUGGUGCGGAUGCUGAAUCCUCCCCAGACAUACGCCCAAGCCGAGAGGCAGAUGAACCUGGUCGUGCCCAAAUUCAAGAAUGCCGCUAUCACCCCCACCAUGCGCCCCAUUCAUUGGACCCCUCCACAGAAAGAUAUUGAUGACGUACAGGUGUACAAGAGCAUGAUCUCUGCUGUUCGUAACAAGCAUUUAGAAAUUGAGACGAAUCGUCCCGAGCCAACUCCAUCCCCCAUCUCCCGCUGCGACUCCCCCGCUAAAUCCGUCAAAAGUAUACACUGGAUGCUGGGAAGCAACAAGCACCCAACAUUUGACGUAAAGGGUAGAGGAAGAAACCAGGGGCCAUACUCCAGAGAGUUCACAGUUCAUUGCACCGCCCCAACUAACUGGAUGAGGAUGAAGUGGGGGCGGGCUAAUACAGUGUAUCAUUGAUGAUGUUUUUUCCU